AUGGCUCUGACGACUCGUCAGGAUGGUGACCUCGCAACACCUUCCCCUCUCCUGGCCCUCACGCCGGGGUUGCCUGCCCCUCAACUUGGUGACCUGAGGAGAUAUAGCAGCAGCGAGUUGUACGCCGGGUGGUAUCUCGCCGACCCGCAACAACGGCUCUCCGAUCCAGCCAAGUCCGCGUACGAGAACGCCCUCGACAUCCUCAAGAAGACGCUCACGAUCGACGAGUACUCGACACCAUGGCUGCAGCGCCAGAGCUGCAUGGGGGACGUCCGGGACGCGGUGUUACGGGCCAUGGAGGAAUACAGAACAAAGUCCAAAGGGAACAAGGUCCAAGAAUGGCUUUCAAGUUGUUCGGAAAGAGUCAUGUACUAUGGAGCGAUCUUCGACACCUUCGCUCAACACCACCCGGAAUACGUAUCCUUGGCCUGGGGAGCCAUGAAAUUUCUCUUUAUCUCGGUGCUGAACCAUGAAGAGCUUCUCAGCGAGAUUUCCAAAGCAAUUUCCAACCUGGCGGACGUGCUGCCACGGACUGAACUCCACUCGAUCCUCUAUCCUACGGCUCGGAUGCAAGAGGCGGUCUCGCUGCUAUAUGCCAAGAUUAUGGAAUUCGUCGUCAAGGCGAUAAAGUGGUGCAAGAAAGGCAAGGCUAUGCAUGCUAUCGCUGCCAUUGCACAUCCCUUCGAACUCAAGUUCAAAAACAUAAUCGACGAGAUUACAAGACGCUCAAGAGCCGUAGACGAACUGGCGAACGCGGCAUCCAAAGCUGAGAUACGGGAUUUGCAUUUCACGGUACAACAAAUGCAUAAGUCAAUCGCUCACCUCACCGAGAUGAUGGCAUUCCAGCAACAGCAACAGACGCUCCACAACCAGUCACUGCUGAGCCUUCGAGCAGAACAUCAGCACAUGUUUCGAAGAGGCCAGAUCGAGGAAAUCCGGAGCACCAUGCUGAUGCUCGACGAUACACCAGAUUCGUCAAAAAGUCUAGAAUUUUGCAAAUCAAUGCGAAGGCGCCGUAGGCAGACACUACCAACACAGCUGCCUGUUGCUACACUGUCGAAACUUAGGGCAUGGGUAUCAGACCCUUCUUCUUCUAUGGUUCUCGCCCAGGGACGGGGGAUCAAAACGAGUUCAGUGGAUUUUGCUGUCGACUUCUUGGAUGCUAUUCUGGACCGCAAUUAUCCGGUCAUCUGGGCACUACCCGGUGACAACGACAGCCCUCAGCCAAAUCCAUCAGUCACCGGCAUCAUAAGGUCCCUGAUUUCACAGCUCCUGGAACUAGAAUCUGGUCAGGCCCUGAAUGGAGGAGCGAGUCCAGUCCACAUAAGGCAAUUCCAAGGCAACACAAGCAUCCGACACUGGUUUCAGCUUCUGGAGCACUGCAUCGCCGUCGUUCCUCGCUUGUUCAUAAUCCUCGAUACGAGCCUGGUACAACGCUCCCUUGAGCAUGAAGCGGAAGAUGAGGAAUACUUCACGCUCGGCGAUUUCAUAGACAGUAUGUCAGACAUUGUCACUCGCCGAGACAAAGAUGGGCUCAAAGUCGUCAUUGCGUCUUGGAGGUUUGAUACGGCUACUUCCUUAGAAGCCUGCGAAGUUUUCAAAGAUAUCCAGUUUGUCACUGACAUGGGUCGUCGGGUAGAGAGACUCAUGCGGCAACCAAAAUAUCGAGCCAUUCUCAGAAGGAGAGAGCAUUCAUGUUCGAAGAGAUUCAACUUCCCUGUUGAUGAGAUUGCAUAG